AUGGUCUUUAACAUGUAAAAUUACGAUUUGUUAUUUUGGAAGUUCAAUAUAAUUAUUUUUAUUACGCUAGUUUUAAUUUAUUAUAGACCAACUAUUUGAACAUUUUGGUACUCGCGAGUCGGAUAUUUAUGCUAGCAAUGGUUAGUUUAAAAGUGUUUGUAUUGUGCACUUGAUAUUGGGACAACAAUUGAUGUUGUCGUGCUUCGGACCGCUUAUAUUAAUGGGAAGCAAAGGAAAGACUAGUCAAGAAGAGGAUUGAGCUAUACAGUGUGAGCGAUUGGAAGUGGCUGAGAUUGCAGUAACCAACACCAGGAUGUACAUAUUAUAUAUAGUGUUUAGUGAAUCGCUUUUAAGCGAUAUGGUAUGGAGAAUAGAUGCAAGCUAUUCUGAAACUGUUUCCCACAGGAGAUACGGACCCCACGGAACCUUGGCCAGCCUCAUUAGUGAGUGAUAUACAUAGAUGUAAGUGAGAAAUUAGGAAAACCGGCACAGUGAGUUAUGGUGAACACAGGUCGGAUCCUGACGGAACCGUGAUUCGGUUGGACCUGCUGAAGCUGUCGACGUUUUCAAGACCAGCCCAAAGAACAUUCUUCCCCGUUCAUCGGCCAUGUUUGCAUCAAAAGCGAGAUAAGGCUUUCUUGGUGGCCCGAAAUCGAAUGCUGCACUGAUGUGGCUGGUGAACCAUGAGGACGUGGUGCUGCAUCGUGAUCAUUAUGACCACGAUCAGUACGAGCGCGCUGCUACCGGCGCCUCAGAAAGCUGAGGUCAAGGAACCUUACGAUCGCCUGUAUUGGUACGCUCAAGCGCAAGAAACGCUGCAAAAACGCCUUCAGUACGCAACCGAUAAGAAUCCCGUAGCAAAGAACAUAAUUCUGGUGGUCGGAGACGGGAUGAGUCUUACGACGGCUACAGCAGCGAGAAUCCUGCGCGGACAGCGUCAAGGGCAGUCCGGGGAAGACACAGACCUCGCCUGGGAUACCUUCCCGGCUGUCGCGUUGGCUAAGACCUACAACAUAGACGCUCAAACGGGUGAGUCAUCAGCGUGCGCGACUGCUCUGCUUUGCGGCGUCAAAGCCAGAUUCGAAACAUUGGGCUUGGACGCCGGAGGCCGGUUCAACAAUUGCGCUUCGACCAUCAACUCGAAAGUCACUUCACUUAUAGAUUGGGCCCACGAAGCAGGUAAAUCCAGCGGUAUAGUGACUACAGCCAGGAUAACGCACGCCACGCCAGCAGCGUUGUAUGCGCACGCGCCGUCUCGGUACUGGGAAGACGACAGCAGAGUGCCGCCCACUGUUAGAAAAGACUGCAAGGACAUCGCCCUACAGUUGGUGGAAAACGAACCGGGAAGGAGUAUCAAUGUAAUUAUGGGCGGCGGCAGGAGACAUUUUAUACCAAACGUGACACCAGACCCUGAGCAUCCCAACCGGGAAGGAAGGAGGCUAGAUGGCAGGAACCUCGCAGAAGACUGGGCCAGGGAGAAAAAAAGACGGCGGUUACGGGCCCAGUAUAUUUACUCUAAAGAACAUCUGGCUAAGCUUGAUCCUCGAGCUGUUGAUUAUGUUUUAGGUUUAUUCGAGUAUUCACACAUGGAGUUUAACGCUGAGCGGGGCGCGGUGACGGAUGCAGAGGACGGCACCACAGGGGCUGCUGUCAAGGCCGACGACCCAUCCCUCGCUGACAUGACGAGAGCAGCGCUAUCAAUACUCACCAAGAAUGAUAAGGGAUUUUUUUUACUACUCGAAGGAGGACGGAUAGACCACGCCCAUCACUAUAACAACCCCUACAGAGCCCUGGACGAGACCUUAGAGUUGGAGACAGCCCUACUUGCAGCUUUAGAGCGAGUCAACCCUACGGAGACGUUGAUAGUCGUAACCGCAGACCACGGGCAUGUGAUGACCUUUGGAGGUCAAGCAACGCCUAGGGGUCACCCCGUGUUAGGUGCGGACACAGUGGCUUCGGAUAUUGACGGGUUGAGAUACACGACCUUGCUUUAUGGCACUGGGCCAGGCCACUCGGAGCCGAGAGCACUACCUCUCAAUUCUACAGCGUCGGCUGCUGACGCGGUGCAUGCGUCCGCUGUGCCACGGCAAUGGGCGACGCAUGGAGCGGAGGACGUGCCGAUUUACGCUUUAGGUCCAAUGGCAACAAUUUUAUUCACAGGAGUUGUAGAACAAAGUUAUAUCCCUCAUGCUAUAGCCUACGCUGCCUGCUUUGCUCAUCAUUCUCGCCGAUGUCAAGAUAAGAGCAACUUCACGCAACCACCUAUAAAAUUACCGAAAUGUGUUUCGCCUGAAGUAAGCAGCAUAUCAGCGGCAGAUGAAACAAGAAGUGACGGUUCCUCCGGGCGCCGCAUCGUUGUUGCUUCCAGCGUAAUGUCGGACGAGAGGGCGCAGCGCUCAUCCGCUCCGCUAGUCGCUCAGCUUAUCGCCAACUGCUACCUUAUCCGUCUUAACGUACUACCAAUUUUAUUAUCAUCGAUCCGAUUCCUGAUUUAAUGAUGCACAUUUUGGUCAC